AUGGGUGCGGCGAGUUACGUGCCGGGCGGGGAGGUGGCGCUGCUGUUCAUGGCCGUGUCGCUGGCGCUCGGCGCGCUGUGCCGGCAGAUCUUCAAUAACACGCGCGUGCCGUACACCGUCGCGCUGCUGCUCGUCGGCAUCGCGCUCGGCGCGUUUGGUGAGCGUCGCGC